GUAUGCAAUGUUUGGGUAUCAAGGAGGGGGACUGGGCACUCAGCAACUGCUCCUGUCGCUUCUGCUCUUCUCGCUCUGGGAGGCUGGGAUCAGCCAGGUCCGCUACUCGGUCCCCGAGGAGGCCAAGCACGGCGCCUUCGUGGGCCGCAUCGCGCAGGACCUGGGGCUGGAGCUGGCGGAGCUGGUGCCGCGCCUGUUCCGCGUGGCGCCCAAAGGCCGCGGGGACCUUCUGGAGGUGAAUCUGCAGAAUGGCAUUUUGUUCGUGAAUUCUCGGAUCGACCGCGAGGAGCUGUGCGGGCGCCGCGCGGAGUGCAGCAUCCACCUGGAGGUGAUCGUGGAGAGGCCGCUGCGGGUUUUCCACGUGGAGGUGGAGGUGAGGGACAUUAACGACAACCCACCUGUGUUCUCGCUCAGAGAACAAAAGCUGCUGAUUUCGGAAUCUAAGCAGCCUGACUCCCACUUUCCUCUAGAGGGCGCCUCGGAUGCGGAUACAGGAGAGAACGCUCUAUUGACUUACAGACUAAGUCAAAAUGAGUAUUUUUCUUUAGAAUUACCAACAAAUAAUAAGCAAACCAAUAGACUGUCACUUACAUUAAAGAAGUCUCUAGACAGGGAGAAAACUCCGGAAAUUACUUUGCUCCUGACGGCUACAGACGGGGGGAAACCAGAGCUAACUGGCACAGUCCAGCUUUUGGUCUGUGUCUUGGAUAUUAACGACAAUGAUCCGGAAUUUGAGCAAUCAGAAUACAAGGUGAGAUUAAUGGAAAACGCAGCUAAAGAAACGUUUGUGAUAAAGGUGAACGCUACAGAUAGAGAUGAAGGAGUCAAUGGGGAGGUGACAUACUCGAUCUUGUCGGUUAAGCCCAAUGGAAAGCCCGUAUUUACGAUAGAUAAAAAUAAUGGAGAGAUGAGGGUCAAUGGAACUUUAGAUUAUGAAGAAAACAAGUUUUAUGAAAUUGAAGUACAGGCCACAGAUAAGGGAAAUCCCCCGAUGGCAGGUCACUGUACAGUCUGGGUAGAAAUCUUAGAUGCUAAUGAUAACGCCCCUGAAGUCGCCGUGACUUCCCUGUCUCUCCCAGUACCAGAGGACACUCAGCCUAGCACCGUCAUUGCGUUAAUUAGUGUAUCCGACCGCGACUCUGGUGUCAACGGACAGGUGAUCUGUUCUCUAACUCCCGAAGUUCCCUUCAAGAUCAUGUCCACGUUCAAGAACUAUUAUUCACUGGUGCUGGACAGCGCCCUGGACCGCGAGAAGGUGGCGAACUACGAGCUGGUGGUGACAGCCCGGGACAGGGGCUCGCCUUCACUGUCGGCCACAGCCAGCGUGUCCGUGGAGGUGGCCGACGUGAACGACAACGCGCCGGAGUUCGCGCAGCGCGAGUACACGGUGUUCGUGAAGGAGAACAACCCGCCCGGCUGCCACAUCUUCACGGUGUCGGCGCGCGACCGGGACGCGCAGGAGAACGCGCUGGUGUCCUACUCGCUGGUGGAGCGGCGGGCGGGCGAGCGCGCGCUGUCGAGCUACGUGUCCGUGCACGCGGAGAGCGGCCGCGUGUACGCGCUGCAGCCCCUGGACCGCGAGGAGCUGGAGCUGCUGCAGUUCCAGGUGAGCGCGCGCGACGCGGGCGCGCCGCCUCUGGGCAGCACCGUGACGCUGCAGGUGUUCGUGCUGGACGAGAACGACCACGCGCCCGCGCUGCUGCCGCCCGGGGCCGUGCUGCUGUCGCUGGUGGACGGCGGCCAGGCGCCCAAGGCCUCUGUGUCGGCGUCUGCGGGCGCCGCGGGCUCGGAGGCGGCGCUGGUGGACGUGAACGUGUACCUGAUCGUCGCCAUCUGCGCGGUGUCCAGCCUGCUGGUGCUCACGCUGCUGCUGUACACGGCCGUGCGGUGCUCGGCGGCGCCGAGCGGGGGCGCGUGCGGGCCGGGGCAGCCCAGGCUGGUGUGCCCGGGCGCGGGGGGCAGCUGGUCGGCCUCGCAGCAGAGGCGGCCGCGGGUGUGCUCUGGGGAGGGCGCGCCCAAGACGGACCUCAUGGCCUUCAGCCCCAGCCUCCCUCCGAGUCUGGAUAAAGAUGGAGUGGAAAGGCAGGAGGCAGGAUCAAAUCCUCUUGAGCACGUGAGUUCUAUAGAUUCUCUCUAUUCUGAAGUCUAAGUUAAAGUUUUAGAAAUCUAAUU